AUGGUAGUCACUGAUUUCAAAGGAGAACAACAGCCUGACAAGAAGGCGCAGCAAAACGUCGCAUCAAGCCGUUCUGAUUAUCGUCAGACCGUGCCCUCCGAGGCUGAAGAAGAAGAACAAGACACCUCUCACAAGAUGCACGAACUCCCUCCUCCUUAUGACGAAGCCACCUCCUCCAUUCACAACAACCAUGACCCUUUCUCGUCCAACGCCGGCAGCAGAACCAGCCCGCAAGACGAGUCGUCGGCGCGCAUGAUCCGCCGCCCACACAGCAGCAACAGCAACAGCAGCAGCAGCAGCAGCAGCAGCCGCGGCGGCGGCGACAGCAACGACAUUGACCGGGACGGCUACCAGCGCGCGGCAAAAAUGACAAUGACGUGGGACGAAAAGGAAGCCAGCGGGUACUGGGCCAGGCACGAGCACGAGACGGGCGCGUGCUGCUCGCGUCGCGGCGGCUGCGUCUUUUCCGACCGCGGCGGCUGCUGCUUCUCGGACCGCGAGGCCUGCUGCUUUUCAGAUCGUGACGGAUGCUGCUUCUCGGACCGCGAUGCGUGCUGCUGCUCCGAGGACGGCGGGUGCUGCUUUGCGGUGAGCGGCGGGUGCUGCUUCAGCGGGACGAGGGCCGGGGGGAGGAGGAGGUGGAGGCCGUUGGUGGUGCCGUCGACGGGGACGCUGUUCAAGGGACUUUGUUGA